GAAAACCAACGCGCUGCUCCACUGGUCUAACCACGGGGCGCGCUCCCACGCAGGAACAUUCCUCUUUUAUUCCUCCAGCCGCUCAUUAAGUGUUUUUUUUCUUUCUUUCAUUUUCUUUCUUUCCCCCCUCUUUCUGUUGCAACAUGAGCGCUGAAUGCAGCAGUUACUACAGCGCUGACGGGGUGUUCGUGGACUCGUUCUCCUGUCCUAAACCAGGGAAUGCUGCCGCUGCCAUCUACUGUUGUGGAUUUAACGAUAUUAAAUAUUGCUGUGAUGAUGCAAACAGUUUUUUCCCGUAUGAGUACGGGUACAUGUGGUGGCUCAGUAUCGGUGCUCUGGUCGGUCUGUCUAUAGCAGCGGUCGUCCUCCUUGCUUUCCUCAUCACUGUGUGUGUCCUCUGCUACCUCUUUAUCGUCACCAAACCCACUCGUCGUCUUGACAACGGCCUACCCCUAAGAGCGCCAGGAGAUCCCAGUGAGGGGCCGAGUCAUGUGAGGGUGCCCUGCGCCGCUGCUCCACAAAGAUUCAAAAAUCCCUUUGUGAACAGGAAGGUGGAUUGUGACAAUCAGUCGCCAGACCCAGAGCACCUUUUCCAGAGGUGUUUUACACCCACAGUCACUGGAGUGAAAGUGGAAAGUCCUUCAUAA